GUUUGAUCGUUCAUGACGUCCUUUUUUAUAAACAAAAUGAACGCCUUGUUUGUAAUGUAUGCUUGAACUUGAAUGAACAGCUGUAGCUGUGGCUGUUGCAUCCUUCUUGGAACAUUAAAUGAAUAUAUUUGACCUUUCCUCCUGAUGGCAACGUUUAUUUGUUGAUCAGAAUAAUUAUGUGUGCAAUUUGGAGAUGCUGUCAUGAAAUAUAAACGAAAAAUGUAUCAAAAUCAAGUGAAUUGAAAGGACAGAAUGGGGCGCCGUUCCAACUUGGAAAUUGAAAGGAAACCAACAAGACGAGUCGGCAGUCGGUGUGUUGUGGUCGAAGUUAGAAUUAAGAUAGAGAUAAAGAAAUAGGAUCUAGAUCUCGAUACAUUUUCAUCGUGCCAGACCAGGCAGGUAUAACUGAAAUGUUUAAAAAUUGCUGAGAAAGCUGUCUUAAAUUAUGAUAAUCGUUUUCUCGAUGGACUUCAUUUUCGUGUUGUGUGGUCUGAACUUCAGAGGUGAGCUCAGCUAGAAAAGUAAGACGUUACUACUGCUAGAUCUAAGAUCUAGAAUCUAAUGGAAGUGUCAACCUAGAAACCUUGACUUUGUGACUAUUAUGAAAAACAAAGAUGGCGGAUAUUUUGUACCCUGGAAAACAAACAAACGCUAACUGUGAGGAAGAAGACAUGACAAUGUAUAGAUCUAGACUUUUCUCUGGAAAUGAUAAUGGCUUUGGUGUAGAAACUUGUGAUUUUGUUCCUUGUUCUUCUGGAGAAGGUGUGAAUCUUGGGAUUGAUAGCAUAGUUGUUAAAGGUGAACCUACGUCUAGUUCUGGGACUAGAUCUAGUACGGGUACUCUUUGUCUUUGUACUAACAGUUUAAGGGAAGAUGUAAAACAUGACAUUAUAGGUAGGGAAAGUGAAUCUGUGGGUGUUGAUGAGAAAGAUCUGUCAGUAAAAGAAGAGCCCAGUUUUGAAUGUCCGUGUGACGUCAAGGCCGAGACAAAUGACAAACUGAACGUUGAAAGUGAAAGUAGCCUGACUCUCAGACACAGUGUAGUGAAAGAUGAGCCUAUCUGUACAGAGGAGGAAGACGUGAAACCUGUCAUUAAACCAGAGUGCCUCACAGAUAUCUGUACGGUGAAAACGGAACCACUAUUUGGACAUUUUCCUGACUUUGGUGAUGAAGUGAAACCAAAAGUGGAGAAUUUUGUGAAAGGAGAAGUGUCAGAAUGGGAAGGUCCAGACUUUGGAGAGGUAGGAAAGACAGAAGGACAAGUGGGAGAUGUGGAGGAUAUAUAUAUGUGUGCUGAGCCCGUGUUUGUUGAGGAUCACAUGAAUCAGGCUGGAGGACUACAGCUGAAAAUCUCCAAUGUGAGGAGCUUGUGUAUGGAGCAGAGUGCCAGCCCUGACACUGAUGUUGUUGCUUCCAGUAGUCCAACUUCAACUUUCUCUGCCGAUCCAGUCACAAGUUCAGGAUCUGUUGUCAGGGCCAGCUGGGAUCACGGUGAAAGUUCUGAUGUCUCGACUUCCCCUCAUAGGCCACUGACUUCCUGUCACUCGGUACAACAGACGAGUGAUAUGCAGAGAAGACAAGGUCAAAGUUCAAGCUGCAGAUUUCAGACAGGACAAAGGGUUUAUGAAGAGAAUGUUGGCAGUGUCAGGAGAGAAACCUCUUCUGGUGACAUCGGUGCUGUGGAGAGAGUCUGUGACCUCCAUCAGAACAUAGCAGGUAACAAGCAGAUGGACAACAGAAAUCUCUACCAUGGUCAGGAAAAACCUCAUGAGUGUAAAGUCUGUGGUGAAAUGUUUUCAGAAGUAGGUAACUUUCAGACACACGAAAAAAACCACACAAGAGAUAGGCCUCACCAGUCUGAAGUUUGUGGUGCUGCAUUUACCAAGAGCAGACAUCUACAGGAUCACAAAGGAACACACACAGGAGAAAAACCUUACAAGUGUGAAGUUUGUGGUGCCACAUUUACAUGUGUCAGAAAUCUACAGCGUCACAAAAGAAUACACACAGGAGAAAAACCUUACAAGUGUGAAGUUUGUGGUGCCACGUUUACACGUGAUAGCCAUCUACAGGAUCACAAAAAAAAACAUACAGGUGAAAAACCUUACAAGUGUGAAGUUUGUGGUGCCGCAUUUACAUGUGGCGGAAACCUACAGAAACACAAGAGAACCCACGCAAGAGAAACACCUUACAAAUGUGAAGUUUGUGGUGCCACUUUUACACAUGGUAGCAGUCUACAGCGUCACAAAAGAAGAACACAUUAAGGAGAAAAACCUUACAAGUGUGAAGUUUGAGGUGCCACGUUUACACGUGGUAGCAGUCUACAGCGUCACAAAAGAACACACACAGGAGAAAGACUUUACACUGUGUGAAAUUUGUGGUGCCAGGUUUACAUAAAGAGACCAUUUAAUUCUAUGGAGACGCAAAAGAACACACGUGAGAAAAAAAAUGUAUCAGGUAUUUUGGGACAUACUCUUUGUGGUCCACACGAUGACUGAAGGGUAAAAAAUGAUCUAUCUAAAGAAGGCCAGAUACAGGUGUGAAAGAAGGAGCAAACUACACUAGAACAUCCGCGAAUCAUCCAUAAUUUAUCUCUGACUGAAAUUUGAGAUAGUGUUUUAAUACUUUUAUUGGAUGGCAUAGGGUGUAGCGAAGCGAAAGGAGACGUCCCGGAGAAAUUUGGACACGAUGGAAUCAGGUCCUCGUCAAUUUCUGGGCCUACCACUUUAUUGGUAUCAUCUUCAGCCUGUUCAUUUGUCUUGCUUUUGGUGAAAAAAAUACUUAUCCAUUUUGAAAAGGAGUUGACAUUUUUGGGAUUGAAGGAAGUUGGAGUGGACCAGUCUGGGAGGUAAAAAUUAAUGAGAAAAUAGUCGCCGAAAUUGAAUGACUUUAAAACUUGAGUUUCUUGGAAACUGCAAUUUUCCUUCACUUU